CAUUGACCCAGUAUCCGCUAUCUAUUUCACAAAAAGGCCAAAUCAUCAGUGUAUUUAUUUAUACAUACAUUCAAAGCAAAACAAACAUUAUAAAAUACUAGAGUAUAAAAGUUGAAAAACAGCAAUGAAGGCACUUGUUAUUGAUCAGUCAAAAGGAACACUAUCCUUAAAUGAAGUGAAGAAACCUGAAAUCACUGAGCAAAAUGAUGUCCUUGUUAAAGUGAGAUAUGUAGGGAUAUGUGGCACAGAUGUAGGGAUGCUCGACCAUAAGAACAAAUCUGGGACCAUAUGUACUCUUGGGCAUGAGAUCACAGGACUUGUUGAAGACUUUGGGGAAGCAGUCCAUGAUUUGAAAGUUGGAGACCCUGUAUGUGUGAGUGCUGGUAUGGUAUGUGGAUAUUGCAGUUUUUGCACUGCUGACAAAGGAAAUCUUUGUGAUAAUGAAGGUGUUUCCACAUUGUUAGGUAUCUCUAUUGAUGGUGGGAUGACAGAUUACAUUGUGGUGAACCGUAAACGUGUCUUUCUACUUCCACCUCAACUCCCAUUGAAGAUUGCAGCUUUGAGCGAUCCAUUGGCAACUGUCUUCCAUCCAUUUAAACUGGCAGUCACAAGUCUUGAUCCAGAAAAGUCAAAUGCCUUAUUAAUUGGUUGUGGAUGGGCUGGCAUAGGAAUGUCACUUCUUUUACAUCGUAAGGGAUUUAAAAAGAUAACAGUGGUUCAACGAUCAAAGCCCCGACGAGAUGCUUUGUUGGGCUUUGAUCUUGGAAUCCGUGUAAUACACCCAGAUGCUUUGAGAGAGGAAUUUAAAGCUAAAAAUGGUCGAAUUAAAGGAUUUGACUUCAUAUUUGAUACUGUCGGCAACCGGGAAUCACUCAAGGAGUACUUUCCCUUGACACGAAAAGGUGGACAAUUCUAUGUAUUUGGCAUCAAUACAGGGGACCCAUCACUGUGUCUUGAUGCAGUCGACCCAGUGGAGAUCAUAUGGCAUGAAAUCAGUAUUUCUGGAACAAUAGCGUACACACCCAAAGAACUCACAAAAAGCAUCAAAGAACUUGAUGAAAUGCACAAAUCAUUUGACUUAUCGAAAAUUGGUAUUAAUGUGUACUCAAUUGAAAGAUAUGAGGAAGGUUUUGCGGCUUUGCAAAAUAAAACAGUGGUUAAAGCCAUGUUCGAAUUUAAUGCUGAGACAAAUUAAUAAUCCAUUUAUCAUAAAACAAUAAAUGGGAAAGAAAAUGACAAAAUGCAACCAUUAAAUUUAAAACAAUCGUGAACUUAUGGAUAUGACUGGUAGAAAGUGAUCUGUCUGUACAUAUAGCACUCCAUUUUAAUACUUAUUGCUACUUAUAAUAGAUAUGAAAUUCAAGUGCAAAAUAUCUUGUCAUUUCUGUCAUAAAAAAGUAAUAUUGUGACUUGACAACAAGACAAGGACAUUGCUAAAGGGUUAAGUGUUGUCUAAGUGUUCAAGGUUUACUAGAGGGUUGCAGUGCCCGAAGUACUAAAACUAUAUGAUCAUUCUAGGUUAGAG